AUGAACAAGGUUCCGAAAGCUUACUGCAGGGAAUCCGGCCACUGGCAGACUUCAGGAUUUCACGGCCAACUGUGGACCAGGGUUAGCGUACACUGCGGAGGGGCUAUGACGGAGUGGGCGCACCAACAGGCGGAAGCGGGGCUCCGAGUGGCUGGACCAGAGGCAGAAGCGGUGGUGUGA